AGUGCCUUCAACCGUGGCGAGUUGCAAGCGCCGCCAGCGCUGGCAUCCGAUGAGUUUCAGUUCCCCUGCCGGCAACAAGAGGGCGGCGAGCCCGCCCGCGCCUUGUACGUCGACGAGAGCUCGCCGGGAGGAGGGCUUCAAGGCACGCGUAGUGCUAAAGUCGUGUCUUGCACCAGAUGCAUGUGACAGCAUAUUGAAGCGCCAGUGCAAGGUAUUCCUGAGCAAGCUGACCGAGGACCAGUUCAAGCGUGUAUGCAUCAACCUGCAAUACUAUGGCAAGCCGAUCACAUUGGUGAGCAUGUGCAGCGGCACGGACAUACCCUUGGUCAACGCCUCAAUUCUCACGGAGGUCCUCGGCGUCGGGCAGGUGAAGCAGCAGUUCUCGUGCGACAACGUCCCCCACAAGCAGCAGUUCAUCCAGCACGUUGUCCACGAGGGCUAUGCUGGGCAUCCAGACGCAUGCGUGUUCGAAUGCAUCACCAAACUCUCGGGCUGCGUGGCGAAGUGCACCGUUCACGAGGACCUGUGCCGCGUGGUCGGCGCCGUCAUGGGCUCGUGCGGCUUCUCGUGCAAGAAGUUCAGCAAGGCAAACGUGGUUCACAGCACCCGGAGCGACUGGAUGCAGGCCAUGGAAGGUUUCACGGGCGUGACCUGCAAGGGCAUGCUCGACUACUUGGAGGCGCACGCCCCCAUGAUCUUCGUGAUCGAGAACGUGAAGGAGCUGAUCACGAGCGAUUCGGAUAACGUGACGUGGCUCGCAGAUUCCCUGCGGCAGGCUGGUUACGCUUUUGUUUACGACAUUAUCGACGCCCGCAACUGGGGCGUCCCACAGACGCGAGAGCGUUUCUACGGCGUCGCAUUGCACGCUGAGGCCUUCGGUAAGACAGAGGAGGAGUUGGAGGAGCUCGGGUUGCAGGUCUUCCGCGUGAUGCGCACCAUGCAGACCGACGUGGCACAGGUGGGGGAGUUCUUGCUCCCCGAUGACGACCCGUACCUCCGGGACGAGUUGGCCAGGCGCUUGGCAGCCAAGCACGAGCCGACCAGCAACAACGCCAAGAGCCAGGGGACUGGCUGGAAGAAGUUACACGCGACUGCGAUGGAGAAGUUGGGCAAGCCAUUCUCAAGCAUCUACCCGCCCAAGGAGCAGGCAGCUUCGCCGUGGUUCGCCGCCCUGUCGGACCGCGAGGCGCAGUGCCUCGGUUACGAGAUGCUGCGCUACCAGAGCAAGGAUGGGAACAUCGGGUGCGUAGACGUCGGCCAGACCAUCGGCAGGGGCUCCGUCACCCCCGAGGGGCUGGUCCCCACGCUCUUGCCAGGCAGCCGGCUAUGGCUCGUCGGUGGCGGGGUCGAGGGCUUGAACGAGGCCCCCCCUAUGCCGCGCCUGAUCACGGGCCUGGAGAUGCUGCGCUUGUCGGGCUUCCCGACGGAGAUCAUCGGCGAUGACGCCAUGGACAAGAUCAAUAAGUGCGUGCCCGACAACCUCUACGCUGACCUGGCCGGCAACAUGUUCGUGGCCCAGGUCGAGCUCGCCCUGAAGAUAGCCAUCCUCUCCGCGGUGGAGUUGCCGUGCCCCGGCUGCGGUUCCGACUGCGAUGCCGAGGAGCAAGAGGAGUUCGACAUGAGCCAGGAGCACAUCAAGGAGAAGAAGGACAUGACGGAUCUGAUGGGCGAGACCUUGCUCGGGAAUCUCGCCCUCACCCUGCAGGUCGACAACGACAAGUUCGAGAUCCCGGGGGUGGAG